CUCAACCACAGCUCCUCCAACUACAACACAGCUCCUCCAACUACAACCACAGCUCCUCCAACUACAACCACAGCUCCUCCAACUACAACCACAGCUCCUCCAACUACAACGACAGCUCCUCCAACUACAACCACAGCUCCUCCAACUACAACCACAGCUCCUCCAACUACAACCACAGCUCCUCCAACUACGACAGCUCCUCCAACUACAACCACAGCUCCUCCAACUACAACCACAGCUCCUCCAACUACAACCACAGCUCCUCCAACUACAACCACAGCUCCUCCAACUACAACCACAGCUCCUCCAACUACAACAACAGCUCCUCCAACUACAACGACACCUCCUCCAACUACAACGACAGCUCCUCCAACUACAACGACAGCUCCUCCAACUACAACGACAGCUCCUCCAACUACAACGACAGCUCCUCCAACUACAACAACAGAAGCUCCUCCAACUACAACGACAGCUCCCCCAACUACAACGACAGCUCCCCCAACUACAACGACAGCUCCCCCAACUACAACGACAGCUCCUCCAACUACAACGACAGCUCCCCCAACUACAACGACAGCUCCCCCAACUACAACGACAGCUCCCCCAACUACAACGACAGCUCCUCCAACUACAACGACAGCUCCUCCAACUACAACGACAGCUCCUCUAACUACAACGACAACUCCCCCAACUACAACGACAGCUCCCCCAACUACAACGACAGCUCCCCCAACUACAACGACAGCUCCUCCAACUACAACGACAGCUCCUCCAACUACAACGACAGCUCCUCCAACUACAACGACAGCUCCUCUAACUACAACGACAACUCCCCCAACUACAACGACAGCUCCCCCAACUACAACGACAGCUCCUCCAACUACAAACGACACUCCUCCAACUACAACAACAGCUCCUCCAACUACAACGACAACUCCCCCAACUACAACAACAGCUCCCCCAACAAAUACGACAGCUCCCCCAACUACCACUACAACACCGGCACCAACUACUACAAUUGCCCCUUCCACAACUCUGCUUUCAUUCUCAUUAUCUCAGAGUUUUACAGAAGACCUUAAUGAUCCCACCUCACCAGGUUAUCAGGCUUUAGAAAGUAGUGUUACAUCAAAGGUCGAUGAAGUUUUCAGGGAAAAACGUGGUUUUAGAAAGAGCCGAGUGAAGGAUUUCAAACGUGGGUCAGUUAUUGCAAACAUGGCUUUGGAUUUUGAUCCAGAGACUGAAACUAACACUACUGAUAUUGCUCAAACAUUCAUAACUGCUGCAUCAAGCCCAACUUUUGGUCUGCCUGUUAACACAUCAAGUGUCUCAGCGGCCUUACAACCAAUUACAACGACAGCUCCUCCAACUACAACAACUACUCCAACUACAACAACAGCUCCUCAACUACAAUGA